AUUACGUUUGGGCCACAUGUGAGUAUUAUCUGGCACAUAUGGCCUAGAUGUGGCAUGGCUGAACAGAUAUGGGCCAAAUUGUAGCCAUAUUUGUUUUGCCAUAACUUUAAAAACUGCGGGAAAUGCUCUCUUGGUUCACAACUGAUUUUGAGGUCUAUGGCCCAGAUAACAACAGACACAUGAGAACCAGAUGUGGUUGAGCUAUGGCACACAGUGAGAAAAGCCGACUUGUGGUAAACAUUUGGCUUAUACGUGGAAAAACACAGGAAUCCUGAAAUCAAGUGCGGCAAACAUCUGCCGUUCCACAACUCAGGUUGCUAUGCAUCUUCCCUCGUAUUGGUGGAGAGACUACGGCGCGAAUUUGACUGAGUGAGCAGUGAGACGCGGGCAGCGGGCGGCAUUUCUGCUUUCCUCACGACUGUGUACGUUCAGAUUUAUUCGGUGAGACUUUUCCUUCAAAUUAUCAUCAUGGACAUUGCAAGUAAAUGUAAACAAAAUAACCUUAGAAGGAGGGCUGUUAAAAAAGUAAAUUACUUAUUUGACUCCCUUGGUUGCGUUCAAGAUAGUGAGGAAGAAUUAGGCCUACACUCAGAUCAUAUAUCUACCAGGCAUGCCUCAGAUUCUGAGGAGCCAUGUGCUGAGUCAUCAUCAGAGGUGGAUUCUGAUGAUAAUCAAUCUGAUGAUGGGAAUUUAGUGAGUGACGAUUUGGUUGCUUCACUGGCAGGCUGGGCUGUAAAUUUUGGAAUCUCUCUGAUUGCUUUGUCUGCCCUUUUGACUAUACUUAGGGUGCAUCUCCCUUUCCUUCCUAAAGAUGGUAGAACUCUGCUUAGAACAAAAACCUCGUACAAGACUCAAAUGAUAGCUGGUGGAGAUUUUCAUUACUUCGGUAUACUAAAUUCACUAAAGACAGCAUUUGAAAACAUGUGGUCCAAAGUUCCUGACCAACACAUUUUUAGACUGCAGUUAAACUUUGAUGGCAUUCCACUGUUUAAUAGCAACUCUGUACAGUUUUGGCCAAUACUUGGUAUUCUUCAAGACUGUAAGGUAAAGAGGCCCUUCGUAAUCGGACUGUUCUGUGGUAGCUCUAAACCAAAAUCUUUAAACGAAUAUUUGAAAGAUCUUGUAAGUGAAUUGAAAACACUGAGCUGUGGGUUUGGCAUUAAAGGCAAAUGGUUCUUUUUAAAAGUUAGUUCUGUUGUAUGUGAUGCACCUGCUAGGGCUUUUAUCAAAGCCAUCAAGAGUCACACUGGCCACUCUGCCUGUGGUAAAUGUACUCAAACUGGCUUGUAUCUCAAACACCGAAUGACCUUUCCUGAAAUGAAUGCCCCACUUAGGACAGACCUCUCUUUCCGGCAGAUGAUAGAUGAAGACCAUCAUGUUGCCAAGUCUCCUCUAAUAGAAACAAACAUUGACAUGGUUGGUGGUUUUCCUCAUGACUACAUGCAUCUGGUUUGUCUUGGGAUGAUGCGGAGACUUUUAGAUCUUUGGCUGAGUUCAGGGCCACUCCGUGUUCGAUUAUCUUCCCGGCUGAGUCAAGUAAUUUCAGAUUCUCUUGUAGGGUUGAGAUUUUACAUACCUUCUGAUUUUGCACGUAAACCAAGACCAUUAACACAUAGACUGAGGUGGAAAGCUACAGAACUUAGGCAGUUCUUGUUAUACACUGGUCCAGUGGUCCUUUGUAAUGUCCUGGCCCCACCAGUGUACAGCCAUUUUAUGCUUUUGUCAGUUUCUGUUUAUAUUCUUCUCAGUCAGAAAUUUUGCUUUCUGUUAAAUGACUUUGCUCAUACAUGUCUAGUGUCUUUUGUUGAACAUUUUGGCGUGUUAUAUGGUCAGGAAUUUCUUUGUUACAAUGUGCAUGGAUUAGUGCACCUCUGUGAGGACGUGAAGCAGCAUGGUAAUUUAGAUGAAUUUUCUGCUUUUCCUUUUGAAAAUUUCUUGGGCACUCUUAAAAAGCUUGUCAGAAGACCUAGCAAUCCUUUAGCCCAAGUCAUUCGCAGGCUAUCCGAGAUAAAUGCUCAGAGCAAUGCACGUGAUGAGACUAUCAAUAGGACCCUUAGACGUGAACACAACAAUGGCCCUGUACCUUUGAUAUUUUCAAAAGCAGUUAACCAGUUUCAAGAGGCUUUCCUUGGUGGUUUAGUCAUUAAAGUAACUGAAGGAGACAAUUGUGUGAAAAUACAGAAUAGUAUUGCCACUGUUGUGAACAUAAUUUUGAGCGAAGGAAAAGUAUUUUUUGUGUACAAAGAGUAUAAACAUAGAAGCUCUUUCUUUGACUAUCCAAUGAAUUCAAGUGAUUUGGGAAUUUUUGUUGUGAGGGAACUCUCUGAAGACGUGCACAUCUCAGAGUUUGAUGGCAGUAUUGAGAAGUAUGUUAGGUUACCUCUUAGAGAAAAUUUUGUUGUUUUUCCAUUAGUACAUUCCACACAAGUUCAUAAAACAGAAAAUUAAAUAUGGGACGUGUGGCUAUAAACCAGUACAAAAGUCUCAGUUGGCAUGUUCCAUAUCGUUUCUUUUUUGGAAACAAAUGAGGUGGAAGUGGUGCCCAGCAGUUGGGUAGAUGGUGACCAAUGUGUCUGGCCACGCCUAAGAGGGGAGAGCCUCACAAAGGCUGUGAAACUUGCAAUGAAACCCAAGAAAGAGUGGAAAAUCUUUAAAGUAAAGCUUCUCUACACAACAGACAACUAUGAUGAUGCCAGGAAAAAGCUCCCUGAAGCAGAACUCUUCUCUGACAUUCAAUCUGAUACAGAGAGUGGGGCUAAAAAACCUAGACGAAUUAUGAAGAGCUUUAGACUUCAAAACUUUAAACUUUUGAGUGACAGUGAUGAUGAUGAUGAUAAUGAAGGGCAAAAUCUUAAAGGCCUGGAACCACCGCCUCGUAUUAAGCCACCAGCAUUUCAAACAUUUAGUCAGUCAACUCAAAGGCCCUCUUCAGCAAGACAGCAGCCUCCUCUCUGCCAGCCAGCUAGUCAGCCACCAGCAAGUGACCAAUCCCCAUUCUAUAAGCCAGCUAGUCAAAAUCACCAACCACCUCUCUACCAGCCAGCUAGUCAGCCACCAGCAGGUGACCAAUCCCCGUUCUACCAGCCAGCUAGUCAGCCACCAGCAAGUGACCAAUCCCCGUUCUACCAGCCAGCUAGUCAGCCACCAGCAAGUGACCAAUCCCCUUCCUACCAGCCAGCUAGUCAGCCACCAGCAAGUGACCAAUCCCCGUUCUACAAGCCAGCUAGUCAAAAUCACCAACCACCUCUCUACCUGCCAGCAAGUCAGCCAUCAGCAAGUGACCAAUCCCCGUUCCACAAGCCAGCUAGUCAGCCACCAGCAAGUAACCAAUCCCAGUUCUACAAGCCAGCUAGUCAGCCACCAGCAAGUGACCAAUCCCAGUUCUACAAGCCAGCUAGUCAGCCACCAGCAAGUGACCAAUUUCUUUUCUACCAACCAGCUAGUCAGCCACCAGCAUGGAGCCAACCACCUCUCCAACAGCUAGCUAGUCAGCCACUUCUAAAUCACCAACCAUCUCUCUUGCAGCUAAAUAGCCAGCCAAGUUUAGAUUACUUGCAGCCAGCAGGCUCAGAAUCUGGCAUAAGGAGAAACCAACCACUACAAAUUUUGCUAAGGGAGAUAUUGACAAAACAAGAGAUGCUUCUAGACCAGCAAAAUACAAUUAUGAGAAUUCUACAGUCAACACAUCGCCCAAGGCCUGAUGUCCAUGAUGGGGCCAAGUUCAGAGAUCGUCUUCCUGUCAAAGAUGUAGAGUCUCUCCAGUGCCUGGAGGCUGAGCUAAAGAUGAACCCUGAUUCUAAAUCAGAAUUGAUUACCUAUCUGGGUCUGGUUGGUGGCUUUGACCUGAAAGACACCGUCUGGAGAGUGCUGAAAGCCACUUUUACAACUCCUGUGGCACGUGGUAUGAAUUGGAGAGGAGUCAAUGGCAAGAUUGGUGUCCAACGACUGGUUGUAAAGGAAGUUAUCAUUGGUGCAGUCAGGCAGAAUCCCCUUACUGAAAAAGCCUCAAAUAAAGAUAUUGAAUUCAACAUCAUUAAAUGGUUGCACCUUGCUGGAGACCGAGAGGGGGGGAGGAGGGAGCGAUUGAAGAAAGGCGAGGCCCAACAAAACACUGCCGACCCUCAUUAGAGACGUCCCUGCACAUCAACACACAUCUCAACUUACCUUUCAAGUUUCUUUAACUUUAUCAAUUUCUCUUUAAAGUUCUCUGUACAAGUUACUCUGAUUUUUUCUGUGAUUUUUAUUACUCUCAGAGUUUAACAUAACAUUAAUACAUGCUUUAAAACAUGAAUUUUGGUGUAAAAAAAUAAAUAGUCUAAGACUCUUUGAAUGUUAUUUAUAUUAUUAAUAUUUAUUCUUAAUGUUUUCAACUGAAUUCCACUUAAAUUAUUAAGUACAACUGAGUAGCUGUAAUAUUUAUUCUUAAAUGUAUUCUUAAAUGUUAUAUUUAUUCUUAAAGCUGUAAUUAUUUGAACACUUGUUGAAAGUAAAUAGUUUUGAGUA